GAUACAGGUUGGUGUUCUUCUUACUUAUUCAGUAAAUUAGGUGAGAAAGUUUUAAGAACGUGAGAGAGCGUGUUCGCUUUGUAUAUUCCCCAUCGUUUUUCGAGAAAACGAAGAAAAAGUAAAGUAAAGUAAAGUAAAGUAAAAAGAUUGCCGGACGGUUCCUCGUUACCUGCACGCGAAAAGAAGAUUCAUGAGGGACCCGACGCUGCGCGCGCAACAAGAGAACUAAUCCAAGAUGGUGGCCAGCGCGAGACCCCGAGAGAUCGACGUUGACAAACCCAGCCACACGGAGCAAUUAGCGAAUUGGAUCAGUAGAGUACGUUGCAAGAAGCUGAUGUGCCGUCGAAAUCGGAAACGUGACCUACGCGUCGAGGCGGUGCUCACUUGCGCGCUGUUCAAGGCCGAGCACGAGCUGCGCAGCAAGCAAUUGUCAAGGAUCUCGAAGUGGCAGCAGUUGAAAAAGCAGCUGCUGAAAGAGGCCGAGUACUCGAGCUGCGACUUCUAUAACGGCGAGGACAUGAAAAACCAACGUUCCUGUCAAGAGGACGAUCCGUGGCGAGGUCCUCUGUGCCCGGAAUUGAGCAGCCUGGACUCGUUCAUGUCGAAAUUGGGUGAGAUUAAGGUCCCGCUCCAGCGAUGAAGAAAGGAACGAAAUUGGACCGCGUCCUGGUCUGGAAAACCUAGGAUAGCGUGUCUUUGUGGAUCCAGUUUUGAAAGAAGACGUCGUCGUCGUCUGGCAACCGUGUCGAUGGGAAAUAUUGCAACGUUGCGAUUAAACGGCGUCUAGAAGGCCGCGCCUUGUAAUCGGUACCGCGUUGGUACCGAGGGAUUAGAAGUCGCAUCAUCACUAUCCUGGUGUAUAUCUGGCUGUUUUUUAC